CUCCUUGAAACCUCUAGAUACACGUGGCUUGUUGUGGGAACACACGUGUCAUCUCUCCAGAUGACUCGUCAUCUUUCUGACAGGUGUCAUCUUGAUGAAAGUCCACGUGUGUUUAAUAGUCAAACGAAAACAACCUUAAAUUCCACCAUUUCAGACCACCACAGCACUAUUAGCUAAAAAAAUUUAAUCUUAAAUUUAUCAAAAAGAAAAUGGAAGGUGGUCCCACACAAGCGGAGAUUCCCGGCGAGCCAACGCACACCGGAACGGCGGUGCUGGAAACCGCCACCGCCACCAUCCAAGGCUUCGGUCCGGUGAACAAAAUCCACCAACACCUCUGCGCGUUCCAUUUCUACGCCGACGACAUGACCCGACAGGUGGAGGCCCACCACUUCUGCGGCCACCAGAACGAGGAAUUCCGGCAAUGCCUGAUCUACGACAAGCCGGAGAAGGACGGAAAACUCAUCGGACUCGAAUACAUAAUCUCCGAGCGGCUCUUCCUCACGCUACCCGACAACGAGAAGCCUUUCUGGCACAGCCACGAGUACGAGGUUAAAUCCGGGAUUUUGUUCAUGCCCGGAGUUCCCGGGAUCGUCCAACGUCAGGAUCUAGAAAAAGUGGCGAAAACGUACGGGAAGACGAUCCAUUUCUGGCAGGUGGAUAAAGGGGAUAGCUUGCCGUUGGGGAUUCCUCAGGUGAUGAUGGCGUUGACCCGGGACGGUCAGCUCCGGCCGGGUCUGGCUCAGGAUGUGGAGAACCGGUACGGGAUUUCGUUCGAGAAGGAGAGGGAGAACCGGGUUCAUAUGACCGGGCCGGAUCACGGGUUGCACCCGCUGGCCAACGCGAAAUGCCAGGGGCUGAGGACGGUGCUCCGGGAGGUGGAUUGCCAGCCGGCCGAUUCCAUGCCCCGGGUUUUUACGUAAAUAAAGAAAAUUUUAAAAGUAAAAAAGAAAAAAAAAGGUUUGCUUAAUUUUGUAGUGAAUAAUUAUAAAUAAUGUACAUGUGUUAUGAAAGUUUGACUAGGUACUCAACGUUGUUUUAUUUCUUUCGUUUAUGAAAUAAUUGUAUCUUUGUUUAUCUUCCAAGAGUAAAUAUAAUAAUACAAAUAGUAUCAUAAUUUUAUGUUAAUUGUGUUUUUGUCCAUCUAAAAUUUCAUAGUUGAUAAGCU